UGUCGUCUCUCUCUCUCCCUCUCUUUCCCUCUCUCUCUCCCACUCUCUCUCUCCAAGUAGGAGGCGCUGGUUGCCCGGAUGUUCCUGUUGCUGCUGCGGCGGCGGCGGCGGCGCCCGUGGCCGGGUCGUCACCGGGGGGGCGCGGAGCGGCUGGGCCCAACAUGGCUUCCCCGGCGGCCCUGAGGAGAAACCUGAAAAAAAAAAGAGAGAGAGUGAGGACACCUGUUUUGGCUGUGAGGCAUGGACUGAAAAAUAAACUCUAGGAGAAAACUUGCCCUAUUAAGAGCCACAAAUGAAAUCUCUUUGCUGGGGCAGGGACUGUUUCUCUUUUUAAACCGAUUUGAACAUGUGUAUGUUUACACCUGAUCCUUUGUGCCCUAUCACUUAUGCAAGACAUGUCCACGCAGGAAUCUCAGGAGAAUAACAAAGACCUAAGUGCCCCAGGUGAAGGAGAGCCGCCGUCCCCUCCGUUCCCCUGGAUGCUGGGCGGCCGGGGCCGGUUCUCGCCGUCGCCCAAGAUGGCAACCUUGAAACGGAGCCACCAGCAAGCCUGGCCGGAGGAGGAGGGGGACUGGGAGCACGGCCUCUACAGCCUCCACCGCAUGUUUGACAUUGUGGGCACCCACCUGACUCACCGCGACGUCCGCGUGCUGUCGUUCCUCUUCGUGGACGUCAUCGACGACUACGAGCGGGGCAUGAUCCGCAGCGGGCGGGACUUCCUCCUGGCGCUAGAGCGACAGGGCCGCUGCGACGAGACCAACUUCCGCCAGGUGCUGCAGCUGUUGAGGAUCAUCACUCGCCAUGACCUGUUGCCCUACGUCACCUUGAAGAGGAGGAAGGCUGUAUGCCCGGACCUCGUCGAUAAGUAUCUCGAAGAGACUUCAAUUCGCUAUGUGACACCCCGAGCCCAUAGCGGUACGGAGCAUGGUCCUGUGCACCAACACAAAUCUGUGCCUCCCCACCACCCGUUGGUCUGCUGCUCCUCUUCGGGUCCCCAGAUCUGCACCAAGCGGUCCGGCCGGGGAAGGGCGCUACUCGGGAACCAGCGGAAAAGGAGGAAGUCUGUGACGCCGGAUCCGAAGGACAAACAGACCUGCGAUAUCCGCCUCCGAGUCCGGGCCGAAUACUGCCAGCACGAGACGGCCCUGGAGGGCAACGUCUUCUCCAACAAGCAGGACCCCCUGGAGCGCCAGUUUGAACGUUUCAGCCAGGCCAACACGAUCCUGAAGUCGCGGGACCUGGGCUCCAUCAUCUGCGACAUCAAGUUCUCGGAGCUGACGUACCUGGACGCCUUCUGGCGCGACUACAUCAAUGGCUCCUUGCUGGAGGCGCUGAAGGGCGUCUUCAUCACAGACUCGCUCAAGCAGGCCGUGGGCCACGAGGCCAUCAAACUCCUGGUCAAUGUGGAUGAAGAGGAUUACGAGGUGGGCCGCCAGAAACUCCUGAGGAACUUGAUGCUGCAGACGGCCCCUUGAACCCCGGCGGUGGAUAGUUCGUGGGGGGGUUUUUUUUGGGGGUGGUUCUCCCCCCUCCUCUUUUUUUGUUUUUCUUCCGGCCCCGCCUCUCCUUGGGAGGAAUAUUUUUCUUUUCUUUCUUAUUUUUUUCUUUUUUUUUGGCAAAAAAUUAUUUUCCUUAAAGAAAAGGGAGCGGGGAGAGAACGGGGGAUUAUAUCUCCGAGGAACAAAAUCGGUCACCUAUACGGAACGAAGUCUUUUUUUGCGUGGGAGGAUAUACUGGUUUUUUUGUUUUUUUUCCCCUUCUUCCCCCCCCAGCGGGGAACUGGAAGUGGGGAGUCGGAGGAGAGGCCGGUCUCACACCUCUGCCUCGAGGGGGAGCCCCUUUUCCCCUGGGCUCGCUGAGCAUCGGUGGGGGGGCGAGACCUCCCCCCCCAAAAGGUGUCCGGCGGUCCUUUCUUCCCGCCUGCCCCUCUUGUGCUGUCCGGCUUUUCCGUCGUUCCAGUGUCGUUGCCCUCGAUUCAUUUGCCCACCGUCGCCCCACACAACGCAGGCCCCCCGAAGGCAGGCCCCCCUCGAUUCAUCAUCCCCUUUCCUAUUCAAAAAAGCUCGUUCUUGCCCCCCAUUCCUGUCUCUCUGCAAGGGAAGUGGGGGGGGCGGAAAGGGAGGCCUUGGCUCCCGGGGAGGGGAGGGGGCUCGGCCCCCCCAUCAGGGGUGGGCUGGGGUGUCUUUUUCUCUUUUUUA